GCCAGUGGGGCGACGGAAUCAACCCCGGUGAACGUUAUCAUAAUGUUGUUACAGACUUCCGCCGAUGGGAACACGACCACCAGCGUUUUAUCUUUCAUGGCGACGAAAGCAGACGCCGGUAGACACUUGUCGUGUCAAGCUGAAAAUCGAAUCAUGGGAACCGCGCCGAUAGAGGACGGCUGGAUACUCCAGAUACAAUACACUCCGGAGACGCAGAUCCAGCUCGGCACAUCGCUGAAUCCCAACGCCAUACGCGAGGGCACGGACGUAUAUUUCGACUGCCUUAUACAGGCCGAACCGGUGGUUUAUAAGGUGGAAUGGCGGCAUCAGAGCAAGGCACUCCAUCACAACAUCACUCAGGGUAUUAUAAUCAGCAACCAGAGCUUGGUGCUGCAGGGGGUCGAUCGCAAAAGCGCCGGCAAUUACACGUGCGUAGGAUAUAAUACCGAGGGCGACGGCGAGAGCUCGCCCUUUUAUCUCAACGUCAUGUUCGCUCCCACGUGCAAGCCGAAUCAGACCAAGGUCCAUGGCGUGGCGAAACAGGAGAAGGCGAAUAUAUCCUGUCAAGUGGAUGCAAAUCCGCCGGAAGUGCAAUUCAAAUGGACCUUCAAUAACUCCGCCGAGAGUAUCGACGUUUCGGCCGGUCACAUCGCGCGAGCCGGCACAUCUUCCAUCGUCUCAUACACACCAAUGACAGAACUAGAUUACGGCACGCUACUUUGUUGGGCCAGCAAUCACAUCGGCCAACAACAAGUACCCUGCGUCUAUCACAUUAUUCCAGCCGGUAAGAUAUAUCAUUAUUCAUAUCCGCGGCCGGACAUGGUCCACAACUGCACGACCUCGAACACAUCGACCAAUUCAUUCUCCGUGCGAUGCGCAGAGGGCUUCAACGGCGGUCUGCCGCAAUCCUUCCUGCUGGAGGUGCGCGAGAGCAAUAGCCAGGUGCGUGCCAAUCUGACGUCGCAGACGCCGCGUUUCAGCGUCAGUCACCUGGAAGCGGGCGCCCUUUAUCAAGCCUGCAUUUAUGCCUACAACGACAAAGGCCGUAGCGAGGCGAUGGUGGUGCAGGCCGGCACUCGGCUACCGGAGAAACAAUUGACAUCUGAAUCGGGUGAGUGUGCGAAUAUUCCUGUUUCAUCCUUAAAUCCGACUAACCGUGACAGUAUGGUAUCUGUAUCUUCGGAAUCGGAAAUG